AUGAAUUUUUCAUUUGCUUUCAGCAAUGGAACUGAUUCUUUCAAUAAGGGAUUUUAUCUAACUGCCUUCCGCUCUUUGGCGAACACAAACUAUCUAAUUUUGGCCUUGGCGAUUAUCUACAUCAUCACCUUGCUGGGAAAUCUUGUUCUUCUGAUUGUCGUCCUAAUGAACUCCAGUUUACAGAAUCCCAAGUAUCUUGCUGUGUGUAAUCUAGCUAUUGUUGACAUUUCAAUGAAUAGUGUUAUAAUUCCUCAAAUGGUGCCUGUUUUUGUGUUCAAUCAAAAUCAUGUUUCAUUUGGAGCAUGUUUCUCCCAAAUGUUCUUCAUGCAUUUUUUUGGUGACAUGGAAUCUUUCUCUCUUGCUCUUUUGGCAUAUGACCGACUGAUUGCAAUCUGCUGGCCCCUGCCUUACUCUACCAUAAACACCAACCUGAGGAUGCUGCUUAUAAUAGGAGGGAUUUGGUCUCUAGUUAUUCUGCUGGAGAUUUUCCAAAUCAGCCUCGCUGCCAGGCUUCCUUAUUGUGCCUCCAGAGAGGUACAGAGCUGCUGUUGUGAACACAGUCCAGUAUACAACUUGGCUUGUGCAGACACCUCUUACAAUCGUCAGCUGGGUACAGCUAAGUCAUUGACCGUUUUGCUAGGCCCCUUGAUUUUUAUUAUUUUCACCUAUGUGAUUGUAGUAGUUGCUGUGAUGCGGAUUGCAUCUACAACACAGCGCUGGAAGGCCUUUCACACCUGUUUCACUCACCUACUGCUGGUCCUGCUCUAUUACAUGCCAGUCAUGCUGGCAUAUGUACUAGGGAACCUGCGUUUAAUUCAGAAUGUGGAUCUUUUCACAGCAAUUCUGACUGUUUCUGUUACCCUCCCCCCAAUGCUGAACCCAAUCAUCUACAGCUUAAAGACUGACGAACUACGAGACAAGAUAGUCAAGCUUCUGGGAAAGUCAAAAGUGGCACAACAGAUCAUUAAAAAUGAGGCCAGUGAUUAA